AUGAGCAGGCCAUGCCCCCUCAGUCUCUUAGACCUCGCAGCACAGAGCCUGCUGAGUGAUGAGGACUCAGCCCUCCGAGCCCUGCGAGAGCUCCCUGCAGGCCUCUUCCCAACACUGUCUGCCGCAGCCUUCGAUGGGGGACAUGUGAAGACCGUGACAGCGAUGGUGCAGGCCUGGCCUUUCCCUUGCCUCCAUCUGGGAUCGCUGAGGGAUCAGUCAAUAACUCAAGACCUGUUGGAGGCGGUGCUGGAUGGGCUGCAAUGCAUCCCUCCUGCCACUGUCGGCCUCAGCAGAUCGAAGCUCAAGGUGCUGGAUUUUACCCAUGACUUUGUGCACUCCAACUGGGAGGAAUGCUCUGAGACCUCACCUGCCCCCUUUGUCAUCACACACAUGCUGGAAGAGCCCGAGCCAGACCAGCUCACAUGCAGUUCCAGAGAAGGUCCCCCAUGGGACUGCGAACCCGUGGAGAUACACACAGACCUCUUCUUAGGUGGCUUGUUUGGUUUCUUCCACCUGUCCGGAUUCCCCUCUUACAUACUGCAGAGGGUUGAGAAGAGCCGGGGCUGUCUCCGUCUCCGCUGCCGGGCACUAGUGGUUAACCGGGUGCCAUUCUGCAGCCUUGUGGAGAUCCUGGCAGUGCUGGAGCUGGAAGCCAUCCGGGAGGUGCGGUUGCACUACCAUAGCAGGUGCUGCUUCCUGUCUGAUUUGAUCCAGUUCUUCACCCAGGUGGGGAGGAUGCACAACCUGGGCAACCUCAUUAUGAGUGACAUCCCCUGGGACUUCCCCACCAACUGCUUCUCCCUGCUGAGUCCCCUGGGCCACCUCCAGAAGCUCCACCUCAUCUUUGGUUGUCUCUCGGGCCAACUACAUAAAAUGCUCAGCGGUCUGCAGAAACCAUUGGAGACCCUGGUGAUCAAUGGAUGUAGGCUUACUAAGAGUGACAUCUCCUACUUAUCCCAGAGCAUUCAUGCCACCAGCCUGAAGGAAUUGGUCCUGUGUAGUAAUAACCUAUCCCAAACAGUCCCCGGGCCCCUGGAGGUUCUGCUGGGUGAGGUGUCUGGCACCCUGCAGCAUCUGAACUUGAGAAGCUGCCGGCUGAAGGAAGCACAGCUCACAGCUCUCCUGCCUGCCCUGUGCUGCUGCUCCCACCUCCACUCCCUUGUCUUCUAUGACAAUGUCAUCUCCACAUCGGGGAUCACACACAUGCUUCAGCACUUAGCAAGGCUGAAGGAGCUGAGACGUGUGCAGUACCCUGUCCCUGCUGAAUGCGUUGUGUACCUGGAUGAAUACAGGUGGGAGAAGCUUGACAGAGUGGAACUUGGCCGCGUGCACAGCAGGUUGCAGGAGAUGUUACAGACACUACAGCGGGCUGAUGUGGCGCUGACCACUUCCACCUCGCUGACCUAA